AUGUGGGCACAACUUACUUGGAGGACGCUGCUCAGUCUGGUCCUCAGACUCCUGCUCCUGAGCGCGGCAGCCAUGGGUGGCUGCUCAGGCAAGUACCACGAGCUCCUCAGGCAGCUCCAGCACCAGGCCGACUUCAUGAAGAACCGCAACAUGCUCCUGGAGCCCUACAUCCACAUCCAAGGUCUGGACGUGUCUGGACUGCAAGAGCACUGUAAGGAGCACCCUGGGGCCUUCCUGAGCGAGGAUGCCCUGUGGGGGCUCAGCAGGCAAAGCUUCCUGCAAACCCUGGACACCAGGCUGGGCCACAUCCUACACAGACUGAAGGCCUUACAGCAGGGUCUCCCCAAAGCCGAGUUCUUGAGGAUGGGCAUGCUGAACAUCCGAGGAUUCAGGAACAACAUUCACUGCAUGGCCCAGCUGUUCCCGGACACCUCAGAGGCCACUAAGCCCACUCAGGCAGGCCCGCUGGACUUGCCAUCGGCAACCCCUACCUCAGACGCCUUUCAGCGCAAGUUGGAGGGCUGCAGGUUCCUGAGUGGCUACCACCGCUUCAUGCACUCAGUGGGGCAGGUCUUCAGGGGGUGGCGGCCGAGCCUCAGCCGAAACCGGAGACACAGCCCCCACCUAGUCCUGCGGAAGGGGGCCCAGAUGAUGCAACCCUCCAGGAAGGGACAGAGACCAGUCCCCGGGAUGCAGCUGCCCCGGUAG